UGCGGAUGGUCGGACACAUCUAAUUAGGCGGUAAAAUUCCGGUGUCAUCGGAUGUUUUCCUUCGUCUCCGGCGAUCUUCCUCCGGUAAACCGAUUGUUAAUUUGAGUUUUCGAACCCGUUGUUCCACCCUCCUACCAGGCCGGACUUUCCAUCACCCACUGCCCAACUUGCAUUUAAUCGCUUACUUGGUUAUUCGCUCAAAUAUCUUCGUCGCUCGCCGUUUUCACUGAAUAGGUAUACGCUAUGUGGCGGAGGUCAAUUCUGAAAUUAUCAUCUCGUCAAUCUGGUGGAAGGACUCCGAGGCAGAGUUCACCCCAGGUGCAAUGUUGGCAUACACCCCAAUGUAUUUCUAAGAUAAGGGAAUUUUCAUCUGCGCCCAAACAAAAUCUGAAACCACAACCUACAAAUGUGCCACCUAAUUCUGGAAAUUCCAUCCCAAAAGUUGUCUUUGGCAGUGUUGUUAUUGGUGCUGCUGUUUUUGCAGCUUACCAAGCCGGCUAUCUAGACCAACGAACUGUUGAUAUAGAGCAGAAUUCUUCUGUAGAGUCAACUAAAACAGUUCAGAAAAGUGAUUCAGACAAUGUCCAACCUUUGGUGGUGCAGAAAUUUGAUUUACCGAGUAGUGAGGAAACCGAAAAAUCGAAUAGUGUUAGAGAAGAAACCGAGAGCUCAAAUCCCAUUGUGGAGUCUACUGAGCAGAAAGUUGAGACAGAUACCCACCUUCCUCAUCUUGAAGAUUGGGGAAAAGAGAAAGAUGAUGGUCAGUUUGAAGACAGUUCCAGGACACUGCCACAUGAAAAGAUCGAGGAGGAAAACUUGCCAGAAUUUACUCAAAGUGGCAGUCAAGUAGAGGAUGAGAAUCUUGGAUCUAAAAUAUCCACAGAUGAAAACUUGAACAUGCAAAGCGCAGAGUCUUGUACUAGGGAUUGGCCUCACGAUGAAGUUCAAACUUCACCAAUAUCUAGCAAGACAGAUGCAGAACCCGCACAGAUUGAUAUCAGAAUACCACCACAAGAAGAUACAGUUGCAGAAGAGAAACUGAAGGAGUUGAAUGAUACAAGUGAAGAUACAGGGGAGCCAAGUUCUCUUCUCGAGGCCUACCAUUUGAAGGGUGAGGCUGGCAUGACUUCCUUGGGUGGUGGUAGCAAAGAUGGAACUGACAAGUUUUACAAAGGAACAGAGGCUUUAAUUGCUGAAAUUGAGGAGUUGAAUGAUGGCUUCAUAUCCAAGGAUGGGAAAUUGGUCAUUGAUUUCUUAGAAGCUAUUCAUGCUGCUGAAAAGCGGCAAGCUGAGCUGGAUUAUCGUCGUUUUGCUGAUGAAAAGACAGCACUGUGGAACAAGAUGGACGAAGCAUUGAGGGAUGCUCGGGUUAGGGAAUUUAUGCAUGCAGAAAAGGCUGCUAUGUUGGACAAGGAGUUAAAACGAGAGAAAACAAAAGCAGCUGCUGCUCUGAUGUCACUACAAGAGAAUUUGGAAGAUAAAUUUCAGAAGGAACUUGAACAGAAGGAAAAUGAGUUAGAAUCAAAGUUGAGAAAACUUCAAGAUCUGGCAAAAGCAGAGUUAGCUGCAGCAAUUGCAAGUGAGAAGGCUGCCCAGAUAGAAAAAAUGGCUGAAGCAAAUCUUCAUAUUAAUGCCCUUUGCAUGGCAUUCUAUGCAAGGUCUGAAGAAGCUCGUCAAAGUCACUCUGCUCAGAAACUUGCAUUGGGGGCACUGGCACUUGAAGAUGCUCUUUCCAGAGGGUUACCGAUCCAGGCUGAAAUAAAAGCAUUACGUGUUAAUCUUCAAGGCAUUGACAAAGAUUCUAACUUAGAGCUGAUCCUUUCAUCCAUUCCUAAAGAAAUAUUGAAUCAUGGCUCAGAUACGUUGUUACAGAUGACACAAAAGUUUGAUGCAUUAAAAGCACCGUUACGGCACUUGAGCUUUAUCCCACCAGGCGGUGGUGGCAUUUUGGCACAUUCUUUAGCUCGUGUAGCAUCCUGGAUUAAGGUGAAGGAGGCUGACCAAUCUGGUACUGGGAUCGAAUCUAUCAUCAACCGAGUGGAGUCCUGCCUGGCUGAAGGAAACUUGGCUGAAGCAGCACAUUCUCUUGAAGAAGGUGUUAAAGGCACAAAAGCAGAAGAGGUAGUUCAUGAUUGGGUAAGGCAAGCAAGAAAUCGAGCCAUUACGGAGCAAGCCCUGACCCUGCUUCAACUAUAUGCCUCAUCAAUAAGCCUUACCUAACACCUCAAAGUAAUUUGCCAUCUCUGUCUCCGGGAACAGAAAGAUCACAAGUUUUCAGGCAAGAGGAACGCACGAUUCUUGGAUAGCACCAUUCUUUCUGUAUUGACCUUGAUAAAAAAUUUUGUAACGGAUUUUACUUCUGCUGCAGCGCCAAGAACAGCAACUGCAGCCAUUCGGGCACUUCUCAGGCCAAUGCCAAACUCAUAUUGCAACCUUUUGUCAAAGUGGGUUAGUUGCAAAUACCUGGUUCUUGUUUUCACUUGAGAGGCACUUUUAUUACUUUGCUUCGAAAGGCAUUGCUUUUCAUUAACAUGUUUGAUUAUAAGCAUGUUUGGUGGUUAUCCCAGAUCUGGUUGAAGGGACCUUGGCGGUAGUAUUUUGCUUUCAGCACUUACGUUUAUGAAUAGUUAUUCUCAAAGGAUAUACAUUUCUCAUGUCGGAGAUCUGCUAUUAGAAAUUGUUGAAGAAAUCGUUGAAGAAAUCGUCUUACUUAGAAAUAGAUGAUUCUUGUCGGACCCUUUUUUUCAAAAUUAGGGGGAGGAAAAUAUUCUUAAUAUAGGAUACUAUUUGAGGGGCCCUUUGAGGCAUGAGUUUGGCAUCAAGUCUAGUAUGUUGUGGGGUUUAAAUAGUGAAUCUAGAAAACCUCAGUUAUAAUAACACUUUGGAGCUUGUUAACAGUAAUUUUGAUGUGGUAGGAAACCUAUGGAUAUUUCCAAUAAAUUCGGACUUCAUAAA